CAAGGACAAAGCAAUGAGCGAUGACGCCCCCUUGGGCUCCAACCAGGUGCUCAGGAAUUGCAUUCCAGGCCACUCAGGGGAAGCCGUCGGCACAAGCGUGAAGCGGUUGGCCCCUAACGAUGCGGCCGCCUCCCAAUUCCAGUCUUCUUGCCUCGCUUGCCACCCCGGGAAUACGCUUUCAACCCAAGCGGCACUGCACGCCCCCUUGUAGUUAUUGGACAGGGGACGAGAGAGCAUCUCACCUCCUGCCGAAGCCGAAGGCCACCAUGCCGUCUACAACUACCUUUUUUUCUCUAUAACAACCUCCUUCACGACCAGAAUCCUCACCGGAUGCCAUUGCGGAGGCCCUGACUACACUCGAGCGUCAAUCUACGGAUUUGCAGGACCAAAUACAUGCCGGAAUCGCAUACGCAACUCCGCACCAGGCCGUGAGGCUUGCAAUCAUCGCUCCCUGGCCCCCCGGCACGAUGGCCUCUCCACUUGGGGGAGCUCGCCUGGCGUGGGCCACCGACUCAGUCAUGCUCCAUCACGACCCUCGAAGCUACAGGGAACCGGAACCGCUCUCUGCUAGGAUUAUCGGCAUCCUCUUUACGCUGUUCACUGCAGGCGCAUGCGCGACUCUAUUCUCACAACGGGUCGCUGCCGUCAAGUCCUGGUCUCGAUUACCAUACAUAAGAUGGCUUGUCAUACUGCAGUACGCGGGCGCCUUUGUAUACACCAUCUUCUCAUCGGUGGUGCAAUAUGGAUUUCACCCAGAUGACGAUCCGGCCGUCUGCAAUGCGAGCGCGGCCGUGUGCGUCAUGCUGUACGCAAUCAUGAAAGGGCUCCUCUACUUGUUCCUCGCCGACAGACUGCACGUCGUUCGCAGCACUGUGAAGGGCCGAAAGCAGUCAAGGCUCUUUCUGUUCCACACCAUCGGAAUUGCAUUCUGCAUUGUGGUGCUGGCUGCCGUCUUCAUCUAUCUCCGACUGCACUACAUCGAAAAUGGCGUCUGCAUCAUAGGUGUGCAACGUGUCAUGAUGGUCAUUGGCGUGAUAUUUGACGCUUUGAUUAAUAUCUACCUGACUGGAUUCUUCCUGUUCUACUUGAGCAAAUCUUUCAACUUGCAGCCAUUCAAGAGCUCUCGCGGCGUUGAGUCCUUGGGAUCAGGCGAAAGACCAAACCCGCUAGCCGCGGAGAUCAACAAGCUCACCAAGCGAACAACCAUCGGUCUAGGCAUUACACUGAUAGCCACAAUUACUAACCUCGCGACGAUAACGAUCAUGGACGGCGAAGUGUUGUGGCUGUGUUUCCUGACCUGUAAAGCAGACAUCCUCCUCUGCGUCCUUGUACUUCACUACAUGGCUUCCUCUGGAAGACAAGCACGGCAACAGUUCUCCACGACCGAGCGCACUGCCCGGCCGCCGUCAGCACAGACCGACAGGCCAGCAUCCCCAAAGGCGAACUCGAUCCGGCCGGGCGGCAAUCAGCGGUUGCCCGAUCUCGGCGGUCUCGAAAUGGACCCAGCACCCGUUCAUCUGAUUGAAGUUGACGCUAUAAUCAACGGCGUGACGCGCAGUAUGCGAUUACAAAAACCACACUCGAUACACGGGAACAAUAGAGGCAACAUCAGUAAUGCGGUGUGAUGUUUCACACGGGAGAAAAGACAGCAUCAGCAGGUUAUGAUUUUGUUUGAUUGGUUUUUUUUUGGCCUAUCGUAGACAGACUCUGCGGAUAUACUUUGGUCCCGUCGGCAAAUUUGGCGGGGAGAAAAGCGAUGCAUAGGUUCUUGGAGUUUUGAGGUUCGCCCCUUUGACUGCAUUAUGGAGUACACGACGUCGCAUUUUCAGCACAGCCUUUUAUUCUUCCUAGAUUAGCGAGAGCUCAGAGAAACGACUUAUCUGGAUAUGAAAACACGCCUCCUUACACACGAUAG